UUGCGUUUGAUGGGACGAGAGGACACGGAAACCGGAAGUGUUCACCUGGUAACAAUUCUAGCCGGAUAGUUUAUCUCCACUGGGCUCAAUUUUCACACUUGUUUCUGCUUAGUGAUAAUGUUACUCACACUCUGAAAGGUUCAACACACAGAAGAAGGAGUAAUGGAAGAGAUAAAGACCGAGCCUGUGGAUUUUGUGAAGGAAUUCCAAGAAUACCUGACACAGCAAACCCACCAUGUCAACAUGAUCUCAGGCUCUGUGUGUGCAGAGAAAGAGGCAGGGCAGCCGUUUCAAGCCGUUGCCCCAAGGAGUGAGCAGAAUGGUCUGGAUCCUCCGUCUGUGGAGGUGAGUCUGCCGAUGGAUGAUGGGCCAGAUGUGCAGAUGGAAGGGCUGGAGAGGACCUGCGAUGGGAAGUACAAGUGCAGCUACUGCAGCUAUGCCAACAAGGGCAUGGCUCGUUUAAUAGAGCACAUCCGCAUCCACACAGGAGAAAAGCCUCAUCGCUGCCAGCUGUGCCCGUUUGCCUCAGCGUACGAGCGCCAUUUGGAAGCCCACAUGCGCUCGCACACAGGAGAGAAACCCUACAAAUGUGACCUCUGCACCUUCCGCUGCAGCGACCGCAGCAACCUGUCGCACCACCGCCGCCGCCGCCACAAGCUCCUGCCCACGAGGGCCGUCCGCUCCCCUUUCUCCAACAAGAGGAUUCUGAGCUCCCUGCAGAAGAGGACAGGCUCGCUGGGCUUCGGCAGGCGACUGCUCAUCAACCUAAACCCCCCCGCCAUGGUGAUGCCAAAGUCGGACUAUCUGAGUGACUUGUCUCACAAGAUCCACCACCAUUUGAAUAGCAGCGAGUAUAAGAACCAUCCCAAGGUGGAUGAGAGCGGCAGUCGCAACAGAGGUGCUAAUGGUUUGACUUUUAAUAACCCACUGGACCAGCUGUCUACACUCGCUGGUCAGUUAGCCGACCUCCAUCCCGAGUCUCAGACCCCAGCAUCCCCAGACGGGGACUCCUUAAAGGACGAGAAGCCCAUCCUCAUACAGCAGGUCUCCAGUGAGCACGUUGCCAUGUGUUCAAAUGGAGUGCAGACUUCCCCACAUAAAAAUGAAUCUCCCACCUCAGGCCAAGGGAGUUGCAGUCCCGUUCCCGGCUUCGGCUUCGAGAACAGCGUGAACACUCACGCUACGAGUGUCUGCAACAGCCAGCCGAGCACGCCCGCCCCCGCCCUGACCACGCUGGACCAACAGCUCUUGAUUAAAUGCCAGCACUGUGAUAUUCACUUCCUGGAUAACAUCCUCUACACCAUUCACAUGGGCUGCCAUGGCUACGAACAACCAUUCCAGUGCAACAUCUGCGGCCACAUGUGCACAGACAAAUACGAUUUUUCGUGCCAUUUUGCCCGCGGACAACAUAAAAAGUGAUUCCAAGCAACGUGGAUGCACAUGGACUCUGAGCUCCAUUCUCUAUACUGUUUUCAGUAUAUUGCUUGUACACUGAGUUAUAUUUUUUAUUUUGUUGUGUACAGUUUUUUUUUUUUUUUACAGUAUUCCCUUUUCAUUUUAUACUCACUAUUUGGUUGCCUUACUGAAGUUCUACAUUGCUUUGAGUUUUUCAUGUUAGUUUUAGAUUGAUGCAUACAAACGGUGGACAAAACAACAGAAACAUCCUCCUUCUAUGCCAAUGCAGCUGCUCGUGUGUUUGACAUAUUAUCCUGAUUUCUUUUUAUUUCAGUGUCUCAUUGCUUUGCAGCGAGCCACUCAGCUCCAUCACAAUUACAUAGGCAGCUAUACUAUACGAGACAUUUAAAAUAAAAUACCAACAGUAUUUAACACCAAACAUUAGGAGCUUCACCAGCUCUGCAUUCAUCGUGGGGCUGUUAAACUGUAAUUUCGUCCACCAUCUGUGUACUGUAUGGUCUGUUAAGUCUAAUUAUACACCAAAGUUUCCAUCUCAGUUAAAUUGUCUGGACACGUUUGGCUGCGGGAUGUUCAGAGACUGACCGCUUAGUUGUAGGGCUGCAACUAAUGAUAUUUUAUUUGGUUUAGUUGUUUGGUCUGUAAAAUGUCUGAAAAUGGUGAAAAAUGACGAUCAGUGUUUCCCGAAGUCCAAGAGGACGUCCUCAAAUGUCUUGUUUUGUCCACAACUGAAAGAU